CCCAAGACGGACGCAGCAGGAAGCACGCCUGGGGGACGCGCACGCGCGCCUCUGUAGGGCGGGGCUGCCCGCUCGCUCGCCUGCCUCCCUUCCUCCCCUCCCCGGGCGCGCUCGGCGGCCCCUUUUGCGACAGCGUCGCGCCCCCGCUCUCGCCGUACGGCGCUGCCCGCUCCGAGGAGGGAAGCGGGCGGGAGGUCAUCGCGGGCUGCUGAGGCUGCCCGGCGGCCGCGGCGGCUCUUCUCUCUUCCCUGCUGCUGCUGCUGCUGCUGCUGCUUCUUCCUCUCGUUUGUCUUCUGCUGGGCGGAGGCGGGAUGUGGCGCGUGUUGGCGAGGCGCGUGGCCCAGCAGUGCGCGGCCCCGCGGCGGGCCCGGCUGCCGGCGCGGGCGGAGGGGCCAGGCUGGCGCGGCGGCGCGGGCGCGGCGGCAGCUGGGGGGACGGGCCUGGCCUCCUCCGCCUGCCCCCUCUCCUGCUGGGGGAGGCCCCCCGGGGGGAAGACGCCGCCGCCGCAGCCGCCGCAGAGGGGCCCGCCCCGGCUCCAGCCCGCCCGGCACUGGUGCAGCCACCCGCCCCACCAGAAGGUGCCUUUGCCCGCCCUCUCCCCUACAAUGCAGAUGGGGACCAUUGCACGCUGGGAGAAGAAAGAAGGGGACAAAAUCAUGGAAGGAGACCUCAUAGCAGAGGUGGAGACAGACAAAGCAACUGUGGGGUUUGAGAGCCUGGAAGAAUGCUACUUGGCCAAGAUCCUGGUGGCAGAAGGAACGCGGGAUGUUCCCAUAGGAGCCAUAAUAUGCAUCACUGUGGACAAGCCUGAGCUUGUCGAUGCCUUCAAGAACUAUGCCCUGGAUCCAGCAGCAAGUGCAUCAGCAGCCUCAGUGCCUCCUCCUGCAGCAGCGCCAACUUCCUCCACGCCCCCAGCAGCAGCUCAGCCAUCCGCACAGGCUCCGGGCAGCUCCUAUCCUCCCCACAUGCAGAUUCUUCUCCCUGCUCUCUCACCCACCAUGACGAUGGGCACAGUUCAAAGAUGGGAGAAGAAGGUUGGGGACAAGCUGAGCGAAGGAGACUUGUUAGCAGAAAUCGAGACGGACAAAGCGACAAUAGGUUUUGAAGUGCAAGAAGAAGGCUACUUAGCAAAAAUCUUGGUGUCAGAAGGCACGAGAGACGUGCCCCUGGGAACCCCCCUCUGUAUCAUAGUGGAGAAGGAGGCUGACAUUCCUAUAUUUGCUGACUACAGGGAUGCUGGAAUAGUAGAUCUCAAACCACCAGUGCCACCACCUAGUCCCGCAGCAGUGGCGGCUGCUCCGUCUCUUUCGCCAGCAGCCCCUGCUUCUGCCAAGCUUCCUGGCCAUAAAGGGAGGGUCGUAGUCAGCCCCCUGGCAAAGAAACUGGCGGCAGAGAGAGGAAUUGAUGUUUCACAGGUGAAAGGUACAGGACCGGAUGGUCGGAUAACAAAGAAAGACAUUGACUCAUUUGUGCCAACUAAGGUUGCCCCGGCCCGGGUGGCAGAGGCUGUUCCUUUGGCUGCCCCAGCAGCAGCGGCUGCAGCCCCUCCCACAGGCGUCUUCACAGAUAUUCCCAUCAGCAAUAUUCGCAAGGUGAUUGCCCAGCGUUUGAUGCAGUCUAAGCAAACGAUACCUCACUAUUACCUCUCUGUUGAUGUAGACAUGGGAGAAAUACUGGUGCUAAGGAAAGAACUCAACCAGGAGAUGCCACAGAACACUAAACUUUCGGUCAAUGACUUCAUUAUUAAGGCUUCAGCUCUGGCUUGUAUGAAGGUGCCCGAAGCAAAUUCCUCUUGGUUGGACACAGUCAUUAGGCAAAAUCACGUGGUCGACGUCAGUGUUGCAGUCAGUACCCCAGCAGGACUUAUAACCCCAAUUGUAUUUAGUGCUCACAUCAAGGGACUAGCUUCCAUUAACAAAGAUAUUGUAACUUUGGCAACCAAAGCUCGCGAAGGCAAACUACAGCCGCAUGAAUUUCAGGGAGGGACAUUUACAGUCUCAAAUCUAGGAAUGUAUGGGAUUAAGAACUUCUCUGCCAUAAUCAAUCCCCCCCAGGCGUGCAUUUUGGCAGUUGGUGCUUCUGAGAAAAGGAUAGUUCCAGCAGAUAACGAAAAAGGGUUUGACGUGGCCAGUGUGAUGUCAGUCACGCUUAGCUGUGACCACCGCGUGGUAGACGGAGCCGUUGGCGCCCAGUGGCUCGCCGAGUUCAAGAAGCUCCUUGAGAAGCCAGCCACGAUGCUGCUAUAAUCUCGAGGCCCCCCAGGACUGACUUAGGUCACAUCACUUCAUUCUAAAGAAACUAUUUAUAUAUAUAUACAUACAUAUACAUAGUGUUUAGACUUUUAAACAAAUGUCCCUUUCUUUAUUUUUUAAAAAAAGAGAUAUUUAUGUAUACAGCUGCUGGUAAUUUUUAUUCUCGGCUGUACAGAUUAAAAUAGUUUGCAAGAGCUUUCCAGAGCCAAGUACAACUAUACUGAAUUUGCUAUGAAUUGGCAAAUGCUUUCCCUUCUAAAGUCCAAAGUGUUUGAAAUCAUGUGAAGGAGCAUAUGCUUGUGAGCAAGGGAACACAGGCCCACCCAGCAACCUGACCUGCCCCUUCCGUGCCCUCAAAAACAAGGAAGCUGGAUUGUGACGGGAAACAACAACUCCCAGACCAGACUCGGUGGCUGAAAUCUCCAGUCUAGCACUGGAGUGAGCCUGCCUGUUUGUGCACUGGUCUCUUAAUUAGUAGAGAUCUAGUCAAACAGGCCCCUUUAACAGUUCAUGGUUCAGUUUAUUUUGGGGGAUUCAGCGCUUCUAACACAGUAAGCAAGCUACAGUAUAUUCAGACUGCCCACAGGUAAAGCAGGCAAAGCCUGUUUUUGAACUGCACGUAUGCCUCUGAACAAACAUAUGUCCCUCCUGGUAAAUGCUCACAGUUCUAGCAUGUUUUCUGCAUCACAGCUUUCCUCUUGAAGAGGCAGUUUCCCUGCUAGGUUAGCAAAUUCUGCAUCACUUCAAGUGGGAGUCAUUGUGCAGGGACUUAGUGCCAUUACGGAGACACUGGAAUGUUGAACCAGCAUGGCCUCUUCAUUUGGAUUCCAACUUUAGAGUUUUGUGUCUUAAACAGUUUGACCUAGGAAGUUCUAAGCGGUCUGGAUCCAGCAGGGCCUUGUCCUUUCAUUUAAACAAGGCUUGUGCAGAAGACAUUGUCCUGCUGAAUUGUGCCCAGCGGCCUUGAUCCUGUGCCCUAGUCCCUUCAGUUAGACACUACUACCUUUCUUUGGAUUGGGGUCAUGGUUCUGUAAGAACUUUGUCUUACCCACUGCAGCCUCUUGGAAGUGGCAGAAUUUCUUUGGACAUGUAUAUAGUGUACAAAAUGAAAUUGCUUGAAGGGGUUUCUUUUGGUUGAGAUUGUGGCCAAAUGCAUUUAUCAUUAUGUCCUCUAAUGGGAAGGAUGCAUUAAUGGAAAACUCUCCUGUUUUUGCUUUCCAAAGGAAAUACACGUUUUAAAAGAGGAUCAUGUGUAGCUGCUGAGUGACAUGACCCAAAGAGCCAAAUAGACAAACAAAUAUACCCCAAAUUACUCUGUACCAUAUGCAUUGCAUUAAGUAUUGUCUCUUGUAGUUGUGCUACCAAAUCCACUAAAAAUAACAUUCAAGGAUGAUACUGUGGACAUUAAAUAUUUUUCUGAGACCUAAACGAAUGUUUUGUUGGUUCAGUUGCAGUUAUACCUAGAAACUUGCAUUUGUUUUUGGUGAGAAGCAAGUUGCACUUAACCCUAUUUCAAAUUGUCCAUACUCUUGUUCCAGGCUGGCUAAGUUGUGUUGCAUUAAAUGUUUGGCGUUUCAGACUGUU